CCACCCACCUCCGCGGCUCCCAAGCCCUAGAUGUCCCCCUCCCCCUCCUCCUGCCCCCGCCGCGCCGCCGCCUGCGCCCCGCGCAGAUCCCGCCAGAUCUCGCGCCAAUCGGAGGCCCCGCGCCUCCCCGCGGCCCGAUUCGCCGCCAGCGCGCCCCGGAACGGCGCUGAUUUGGGCCGGUUUUGGCGGUGAGGUGGGGUGAGGUUCCGGUGGGUCUGGGCCUCCCGGGGCCCGGUGGAUGGAUGCGGUGGAGCUGCCGCUGCCAGCAAAGGUGGAUUUUGGGAAGAUCCUGGCGCCGGCAGCCGCGCUGGAGGGGUUGGACGGCGGAGUGGUGGGAGGUGGCCCCGGGGGAGGGGGUGGGGAGGUGCUGAGGCGCUGUGCCGAUGCGGAUCGGCGGCACAGUAGUGAUGUGAAGGAGCAAAACCAGAAUGUAGAAGGCUUUCCAUCUUAUAGAAGUAGAAGGACUCCUUUGGAAGUCUCUAUGCAGAAAUCUCUUGGUUUUGGAUUUAAGUCUGAAAAUGGUAAACGGGAUUUUGUUGGAAAUGAUAAUAUUCAAUCCUUGCAUAAGCAAGAUAGCAAGGUAGUGGCAAAAAAGACCAUAAAGUUGUUGGACGGUCCACCUUGUUCAAAAAGGCCAAAGCUUGAGCCAGUACAAAUUAGUAGAGAUGCUGAAGCUAAGGGACAUGACUUCAUAUCACAGAAGAAUGUGCCUGAAUUGAGACAAUGUGCAGCAUCUGAAAAAUCUCGGUUGCUCAAGCAGAAGCGCAUUUCUGAUGCAAAGAGAAUUGAUAAGAAGAAUAUUAGGUCUGGUGUCAGAUCAAAAUAUGAUUGUUUCUCAUCAAAGGCUGGUUUAGCAAAUUUUGAUUCUGGUUUCUCAGGAAACAGUGUACUUGGACCACAUGGACUUAAAUCUGAUGUCCGCGACAUCACGAAUCACAUCGAGAACCUCUCAUUGAGUGAACUUCUUGAUGGCACUUACAAGUAUUCCAGCUUAGGAAGAGAUAAAGGAAAGAAAGUAUUGCGUACGAAAGACGAACUUCUAGUCUCUGUCCGAAAAGCUUUUUCUAUGCUUUCAGACAUGGACUAUUGCAAUGGAAAGGAUUCUAAUCUCAUACUGAGCCCUAAACUGCCUACUGCAAGCACUUCUAGCUAUGACGUCAAAGAGCAAUGUGGUGACAAGCCAGCCCCCUUGGUUAAGGACUCUUUACAAAUCAAUGUCUGUCAUACUGCACUUUGUCCUCCAAAAGAUAUCUUAAACCGUUUAACACUUGCCCAUGGACAAGAUCUGGACUCUCUUUUAGCACCAGGGAGUGAGAGCACAGCUGCAGUUAAGCCUUAUAUGCCUUCUAUAACUGUUCAUGGGGCUAGUUUGCCACCAUUUCCUUGGUCACACUCACAGGCUGGGGGUUAUCGACAAAGUGUUGACUGUGGUAAACAUGGGUCGAGUAGGAGUAAUUCCCAGUGGCAAUGGGUGAGGGUUGGAUCCAAUCUUCCUCUAGAUUAUAAAGAUUCAUCUGUCCAUAAAAUUGAUGAUCUUCUUCAAGAGAUGGAGGCAGCAAAGUUAUCUAUAAUUGAUUCAUCAUGUGAUAGACAAUAUCAUUUAUGUGGCACGGAAUCAACUUCCGGAUCACUUGUACAAAAUAUUCACUCAAGAAAAAUUGGGGGUGAGAAUGGUCCGCAGCAACUGCAAUCCCUGGACAAUGGUGACUCUUCAGAUUGUUUCCAGAAGCAUGACAUCGAGCACUCCCUUUUAAAAACACUACAAGUAUCGCCAAAGAUACAGCGUGCUGCUGAAAUCUUAUGUGAUAUGAGAAGAAGCACUGAAUCAUGGAGUGCUCAAGGAUACAGCAAUGGUGCAAUUAAGUGGCCAAAAUCACCAUCUGAAAAGGUUAUGAAGGCUCGCAAGCCCUCAUCCCAGUUAGGUAUAGCUGAGAGCUCAUCAGGUUCUCGUAACAAUGAUGUAACUUGGAAUGGGAGCAGUCACUCUACCAAGAAAGUAGUUGACAGGAAGAAUGAUUCUGCGCGCUUGAAUAACCCUAGCAAGGGGACUAUAAGGUGGCCUGUGCCUAUUGAAGAUGGUGUCUCUCCUGUCAGGUCCGAGCGAGGUCUUAUGCUUGAUACAAGGCAACCCCAUGGUAAUGGCGGAAGGCAUCCAAUCCAGGUGUCAUCACAGGCACGGCUUGAGAAGGAGUACGAGAACCAGCAGAAGUUGAGGAAAGCAACACUGACCUCAUCUCUAGGAUCUGCAGGAGAUUGGAAUACGGAGAGGAACAGGAGAAUGUGAAGUGUACAUUAUUCAUGUUGAAAUCAUAGUCUAUGGUAUAUCAGUCUGGGGGACAGCGUAACCAGGCAACUGUUUCAUAAGGUCACAGGACAUUGGGAGAUGUGAUAAUUUAGGUGGCAGGUGAUGUAUCUAUUGGCCCAUUUGUUGUUGGGGGAAACUGUUGUAACAAGUGUAAUUUUCCUUUUCAUCUCCAUCAUAUCACAGGUCUCUCACUGUCUCACUAUCUUCUGCUGUGUAUUACUAAUAUAUCUCGACCUACUACCAGUGAAGUAAUAAUAGCAUUCCAGGGUCGACUCAGUGGUUUGCAUCUUGCA